GGGGGAGAUUUGUGCCCUGCUGGGUCUCCUUGUUCACCUAAGGGGUAUUUUAACCCCCCUCCCCACCCCUUCAUCCCCCACUUUGAGGCUAUUUUGCUUUUUUUCCCUCUUUUUUAAUGGGUUUUUGGGUUAUUUCUUGUAAUUAAUUGCCUCAUUCUGGGGGUAUUUACAACCCUAUAGGGGGGGAUUCUAUGGGGCUGGGUAUCAAUGGGACGACGAUGGCACCUAGGUUCAAUUUCAGGUUAGAAAGCAACGAAUGGAGGCCAACAUAAAACAAUAUAAAGCCCUAAAAAGGUGCUGGGUGGCCAUAGUGGCUUCAACCCCCGUUUUGGGGUGAAAACAGCCCAUUUUGGUGCAUCCCUACAUUGCAAGUGGGAACCCUCUCAAUUCAGGAUCAUUGCUGGGAUUCCUGCUGUUUUCCUGCUGCAAACGGGGCAGAAAAUGAUGAUUUUGGGUUAAAAAACCACAAUAAUGAUGUAUUUCUUGAUCAUUUCCACCAAAAAUGGCCAUUUUUGGGGCUGUUUUGGGGUGAGAUGAGCAGAUUUUGGGACAGAAAAUGGUGAAUUUCCCAAUUUCCCAGCAAUCAAUCACCACCACCACCCCCCUUUUACUGUAUUUAUUUGCACUUCUCUCCCUGUUCAGACUUUGGCCCCUCUCUGGGUCACUGGCUGCUCAAUAACCAGCUAGUUCUACAUGAGAAUUGACCCAAAAAGGACCUAAAUUACCCCAAAAUAACAGGGCUUUCUAUCGUGGAUCGCAGGUGGGAUCAGCUGGAAGCCUGUAGUUGGCCGGGCGCAAUGCUCAUAAACAAGCUCUGCCUCGCCACUGCCCUCCUCUUCCUCACCCCCAAUGGGGUUAAUGGGGCUCCUGGGUGGCCAAUGGGAAGGAAGCUUCUCCAGCACCCCGCCUCAAGCCGGACUGCAUUCCAAAUAGCACAGGGCAAGGAACUGCCUUCCUGGUUAUCCUGGGAGCCUUUUAGAGUUGAAUUACUACCCAACAGCGUAUCCAAUUGGAACGCCUACAUCAACAUGACGGAAUACGUUUGCCUACCAAAGGCCUGGACCUGCAGCGUUGGCUCCUAUGUUCCCAACCAUGGCCCUUAUUGCUCCUAUUCACUUGGAGGUGCUCAGAAAUCAUUCGAAUUCAACUUAUUGGUCAACAAAGGGAAGUUGGAAGCUCUGCGAUGGGUGGAUGAUUCGUUUGGCGACAUACCCGAGAACGCGGUCGAGAGCUGUGAGUCGUUUGAUAUCUACGUUGGGAGGAACCGAUACGGCUUAGGGAAGGUCUCCAAGGAGCACAGGGCUUUGUUUGUGGUGGUGGAUGGCGAGGAGAUUUGGUUUAAGUGGUACCAAGUCUUGACGGUGAAAACGGGCCCAUCCAACAUCACCAUCUCAAGUGUCGUCUACAACCUGAGCGCGGUUAUGGAGCACAGCGAGGACGUCGCCAUAAGGAAGACAGAGGUGAAGAACGAAGGCUGCCGAGGGAUGAAGCCAGAUGUCACCUUGGAAGAAGCCAUUGAGGUGGAGCAGGACUGGGAGCUGGACCAUGAGAUCUUCAGGAACGUCCGUGGGGUGUUGAAAGCCCCCAUGUUGGUUUUCAAUGGGAAGAAAUGGGACGUCACCAACGUCACCAAUAUCACCUGGGUGGGAAGAGCCAGCGCUGGUGAAUACAUUGAGCACAGCCAUAAGAUUAAAGUGGAGAUGCAGCCCCGUACGAUGUGCACUGUAGUAAUGACGGGACGUCGACUGGAUGCUCGGAUCCCAUUCAGUGCGAAUCUCACCAGGGAUUUUGGUGAUGGCCAACCACAUUGGGUGGAGGUGACAGGGGUGACCCGCAGCCAACAGGUGGUAGAUAUCCAGGUUGGCAUUGAGAGCUGCAGGCCCCUUCCUGCUUCAACACAGUGCUGAGCACAGCGGGAGGUGAUGGGGAUGCAGCACAACGUCAUGCAAUGCAUUGGUUCCCCAUCAACCUCCAUCUCUAACCCCCUAAAAACCCACAGUGUGGGGUGUGGGAAAAUGCAGGUUUUUAGGCUUCAUUGUCUGCUUUAUCCCCCAUUAUAACCCCAAAAUGACACAGCAGCAGCCCCAAAUGCAGAAAAAAUGUAUUACUUGUGAUCUCUGUUUUACCUUUAUUUCACAAUAACCAUCAUUUGAGCUCCCCAUAG